CGCUAAUUACCAUAUCCAAAUAAGGAUAAAGCCCUCAUUCUCCUGUGCGCAUGCUUGCUGUGAAAACUGGAAUGCGAGAAAAUAUUCUCGAGAUGAUGAUGUAGGCUUUUAACGCUUAGGUCGGUGAAUGCAACCACGAUGGAUAGAUAGAUUUGUAAACAAAGGCGAAUCUGCCAUUUGAGAGCAGCAAUCUUGGUGAUGGGGCUCGAUGUCCGCCAUGUGAACCGAUUGCAUAAUCAACAUUCAUUUCUUCUUUUGCACGGGCGUAGGCUUGUGUGAAAGACAGCCCACGAACUGAGCAGAACAAAAUCCAAACAUUGCAAAACAAUCUGGCUUCUAAGUUGUGCUUUUCAUUAAAAUUACACGAGCCCCUUUGUUUACACAAUGCGGGGCGUUUCGUAUCUACGACCAAAGGCCUCAUCUUUGAACGAUGUGGCGAUUAAUAGAUUUCGUUUCAUAAUCCUGCAAGGUUUCGCUAUAUGCGGGAGCGUGCACGUACGUGCACACACAAUGACAUCAACUGCUAACAAGACACGUUGUUUCGUGGGCUAUCUAUGUUUUAACCAUCGACUACACAACUAAUCAACGAUGUAUUAGUGUUAGAUAAAAACUAGUUACUUAAAUUAUUAUAAAAUACUAGAACUGUAUGUGUGAUUAUGUUGCUCAAUACAAUUGAUCAUUUCACAAAGACAGCAGGGCCAUCAAUUGCUCAUGAGCAGUGGAUUUAGUACAAACUACAGAGUAACUCAACCCAUGUUGAGUUGUCUAACAUGUUCUGGUCUACGUAACUGCCCUGCUUAUAUUGGGCCUGAUUGAGAUGGAUCGAGGUCAAGACCCUCAAUCAAAUAGCUGUGACAACAAUGUCGGUAAUAUAUGUACUUAAGUAUCUUAAACUUAAAUGUCAAAACUUCGGAUGAAACAGAAGAAAAACAUCCGGCUGAUAAGUCAUAAAACAGAAAGGGACACGAUGUGUGCAUAAUGACACUUUCAGAGUGGUGCGCAUGGACGAGCCCAGUUAGACACUUCUUCCGGUUUUGUCGUCGAGGUGCAUUUCAAAGUAAUGGUACAGGAAAAGCAUUUAUCGUGAAUGGAGAAAUGUCAAAUUCCAUUUAGUAGUCACACACAAUUGAAACCUUAUUGUGGAUGGACACCAGUAUGUUAACCUGGAUAAUUUAACCAGGAAUGAAAAAAGUUGUUUAUGUACGUUGGUGUGACGUACAUAUACAUUGUUACCGGAAAUACAAUUCCACACACUUCCACUGCAGAGUUCAGGGAGAAGCUUGUCAACGAAUUGCAGUCAGUCAGCUGACAGGCAGCAUCUCCGCUCGUCCGUCAAAACAUUAGACCCUGCAUGGCUGCAAGUGCCCUGCUGGAUAGCAUACAAUAAACGACAAGUGUUCGACAUGCUCAUGGAAUAAGGUGUUAUGUUAGAGACCAAAAGAGGGAAGGAGGUUCCUGCAUCCCUUAUGGCGGCCGAACAGCCCAAACCGCAGACUCGGAAGCCAGUUCUGUUGAGCAAAAUCGAAGCGUUUCAAGAUAUUGUGACUACAGCGGUAAUCAUUCCUAAAGAGGACGGCGUGAUCAGCGUCUCUGAAGACAGGACAAUUCGAGUAUGGCUCAAGAGAGACAGUGGUCAGUACUGGCCCAGUGUCUACCAAACCAUGUCAAACUCCUGCACCUGCAUGUCCUUUAACCCUGAGACCAGGCGGCUGUCUGUGGGCAUGGACACUGGAGGCAUCUCUGAGUUUAUCCUGGCCGAAGACUACAACAAGAUGACCCCUGCCCGCACUUACCAGGCCCACCAGGGCAGGGUGAUGGUGGUGCUGUUCGUCCUGGAGAUGGAGUGGGUGCUGAGCACGGGCCAGGACAAGAACUUCACCUGGCACUGCUCUGAGAGCGGCCAACAACUGGGUACCUACCGCACGGCCGCCUGCGUCUCGGGCCUGCAGUUUGACGUGGAGACUAGACAUGCGUUUGUGGGCGAUCAGUCCGGCCAGGUGACCAUCCUGAAGGUGGAGCAGGACAGCUGCAGUAUGGUCACCACCUUCAAGGGGCACACGGGUAAUGUGACGGCCCUGUGUUGGGACCCGGGUCAGAGGGUGCUGUUUUCCGGAAGCUCGGACAACUCCAUCAUCAUGUGGGACAUCGGAGGACGCAAAGGCACCGCCAUCGAGCUACAGGGCCACAAUGACAAGGUGCAGGGCCUGUGUUUUGCAUCCCACACACGCCAGCUCAUCUCCUGCAGCUCGGACGGAAGCAUUGUUAUCUGGAACAUGGACGUGACGCGACAAGAGACUCCAGAGUGGCUGGACAGUGAUUCCUGUCAGAAGUGCGAGCAGCCGUUCUUCUGGAACUUCAAACAGAUGUGGGACAGUAAGAAGAUUGGCCUGCGACAGCACCACUGUAGGAAAUGUGGGCAGGCUGUGUGCGGGAAGUGCUCCUCCAAGCGCUCCACCAUCCCCCUCAUGGGUUUUGAGUUUGAGGUGCGAGUGUGUGACAGCUGCCACGAGUCCAUCACGGAAGAGGACCGAGCGCCUACAGCGAGCUUUCACGACAGCAAGCACAGCAUCGUGCACAUACACUACGAAGCCACCACCGGGAACCUGCUCACCUCCGGGACGGACAAGGUCAUCAAGCUGUGGGACAUGACUCCCGUGGUGUCCUGACUUCCGUCCCGUCCGGGGACGGCGAGAGGACGCCUGGUUCAGAUACGGACCCAUGGCGGACCGGGCAGCCCUUUGCUACGGGGGGGUUGAAGGGGGAGCCAAGAUAGUGCUGCUGUAUAAAUGGGUUGACACACACACACACACACACGCACACGCACACACCUGAACACACAGGAAGAAAAUCCAACACUGAACAAUACAGUACAUGAGGGUCGGUCAACUAUGGGUCACGUCCCACCCCUAUCUGAGCAAAGAGAGAAGGGAAGGAUGAAAGCACCUGUUGUGUGUGUGUUCGUUUGUGUGUCCAUGUGGACUUCGGACUUCCUUGGUGGGGACUUCCACACUCUUUAAUUUAACGGCAUUCCUGGUUGAACUGUGAAUUUGAAAUCUAGCCUCUACUAGUAUGUGAUUUGUUUUCUGUCAUCAACAGGUAACGGGUUGUAGAGUAAGUCCCAGUAGGAAUGGAAUCAUCACGCAUAGAGAUUAUUUGUAUGUUUUUUGUUGUAUAUUGAAGCACAAAGGUAACAGCCAGGGAAUACAAUCCAUCAUUGAGCUGAAUUCCCAAAUGGAGCAUAAUAUAUAAUGAUAGGUAACAACUUCAGAUGGAUGAAACUUUACUGAGAAAGAGCAAAGGCAAAAACUACAGCCUAAAUGUUCUGUAACUAUAUCGUCAGGAUCGAAAGGACUGAGAGAGCAAUGUGGACAUUUUGAAAUGAGCAUUCCAGUGAUGUGGAUUUAGGCUUUAUCUCAAAAACUUUGUCCAUGGUCAAAAUGAGCCACGUUGUGCUUUGAAUUCAGUACGGUUACAGUGAGAGAGAAUAAGUACAGAUCAAUGGUGGCUUUGUGUCGUUGAACGACACGUUAGCUGAACUAGCCUAUCAAAUGGAAGGCAUUUGGGGAUGUGGGCUUUUUUUGCUCCAGCUGGUUUACAUGGGCUGUGUGUGUGUGUGUGGGGGGGGGGGGGGGCAGGGAGAAGGGCCAUGGUGGACAAGGUUCAGUAAGUGAGAAGCUCGGUCAGUUGGUGUCAUUUAUUUCGUACUUGUAUGCAUUUUGAAGUAUAGCCAAUCCGGGUGUUUCACUCUGAUCGCUGUGGGGACGUUUCACCUCCUGAACCUGGAGAGCUUUAACUUUUGAUGAGUGACCAAAUGACAUGAAGUCUUGUAGAGCAACAAAACAUGAUCUUUCCAUCCAACGAUCAUUGGAUUUAGGCUCAAAUGAGAAGAUUAUGUCAUGGAAAUGAACCAAAUGUUUCUUGGGAGCCUUGCUUAUUUAGGGGCUGGACUUGGGGACAGAGAGCGCAGUGGUUGUUUUGUGGUAAAAUGUUUUGUUUGGUCAAAUCUCAUGCAGAGAUAUUUGCAUAUCAUUGCAUAUCGCUUAUUGUCUCUUUUUUCAUCGUGUUCAUACAUCACCUUUCAUACAAAUGUAAUUAACAUGUUUGUGUUCCGUGAUUACCUGUUUGGCUGUGGAGGUUUGUAAUAUAUAUCGUAAGUUCAUGCACUGAAUCAAGGAUUGAAAAUGUGUAAUUUGUGACGCAUUGCUGCUAUGUGUAACUCUCUAAUGUCCAUCUUUAUCAAAUUUAUACUUGAAACGGCCGAUGGCCCUUCGUGAGCUUGACCACCCUGCUCAAGGUGUAAUGAAGCAAGUGGAACACCUUACAAGAGCUCACAAAAAUGCAUUAAUGUCUCAAAUCAUAGUACAACUAUGUAUUUAAAUGUACUAUUCAUUCAACAAGGCAUUUUGUUUCAUAGAGUCAUGGUUCACAACACUCUUCCUGAAUAAAUCUUUGCCUUGAUGUAUGCACUAGUGCUGUGUCAUUCUUCAAAUAUUGAUUGUCCACACUGAAUACGCCGGAUUCAGAAUCACUGGAUAAUUCACCCCAGACAUUCUGGAUCGCGGACCAUUGAAAGUCACCAGUUUGAAAACAGUUUUUUUUAAUCCACCAAUAAUUGCAAGUAAAAAAAGUAUUAACAUCACCAUUAGCUAUUUGUUAAGACACUGAACUUUGAGGUAUGUGUUAGGUUUUCCCCAUAACUGGUUAAAUAAUUAUAUAAAUAAAUCCAAUCUUAGAAUUAUACUACAUACUGUAAUGGCUGUAUUGGGAGUUCUUGCUACGUAAACGUCCAACCCUGACUGAACGGUCAGGGUUUGAACUUGUUGCUGAGCUGCUCCAGUGUGGCCUGCAGCUUCUCUUCCUCCUGUGGGGUGCACCGUGAGCAGGCCAGGGGAAGGUGCGUGGCUACGGCUUUACGGUCUGCAGGGAGGGACACACAAGACGCAAUCAUGAUGCCACCAAAACCAAACAACACAACGAGUAGUUUGGAUAAUUAUUGGAAUCAAUUUCAUUGUAAAUAGAUUCAGCCAAACAACUCUGCAUCAUGAGUGUUGCAUGAUUAUGACUCGUCUUUGCUCUUAGUUAAGUAUUGCAAAGGGGCGUUCCCACAUAUGUUGUCAAUUUGUGAAUCACUAAGCUACAACAAGUAGGUGUUGUUCGAGCACAAAUUAGACCAAAUCAAGCCCAUGCUAACAUCAGUGCCACGGCGAGGUCAACGUAUUCCUCGACUGUAACAUGAAGAUUUCAAAUAGCCAGCCCUCACCCAUCCAGCAUGUUCCGAUUACAGGGUUAGGAUUAUAGGUCUAUUCUGGGGGGCGUGUGCUGUGAA